AUGGCUCUCAUGAUGGACAAUUGUGAGGGCAUAUUGCUCUCCCUGGACUCGCACAAGUCGGUGCCGGCUCCCUUCCUGACCAAAACGUACCAGCUCGUGGAUGAUCCGGCCACCGACCACAUCGUCUCGUGGGGCGAGGACGACGCCACCUUCGUCGUUUGGCGCCCUCCCGAGUUCGCCCGGGACCUCCUCCCCAACUACUUCAAGCACAACAACUUCUCCAGCUUCGUCCGCCAGCUCAACACCUACGGUUUUAGGAAGAUUGUACCGGACAGAUGGGAGUUUGCGAACGAGUUCUUCAAGAAAGGAGAGAAGCAUUUGCUCUGUGAGAUCCAUAGAAGAAAGACAGCUCAGCCUCAUCAGGUGGGUUUCAGCCACCACCACCACCACCACCACAACCCGCAUUCGCCACUCGGCAUCAACGGCCACCAUCAUCCGAGCUUCUUCCCCUUCCCGAGUCGUGGCAGCAUCUCCCCCUCCGACUCGGACGAGCAGCCCAACUGGUGUGACUCGGACUCACCACCUCUCCCAUCCCCAACCGGAGGUAUUAACAAUCACAACAACAACAAUAAUAAUUUUAUGAAUAUUAAUAAUGCGUCGGUGACGGGCUUGGCGGAGGACAAUGAGAGGCUGCGGCGGAGCAACUCCGUGCUGAUGUCAGAGCUAGCCCACAUGAGAAAACUCUACAACGACAUCAUCUACUUUGUUCAGAACCAUGUCAAGCCUGUGGCUCCAAGCAAUUCCUACCCUUCUUCUUUGCUUCUCUGUAACCCUCCGAAUUCCAUGGCUCCAGCUGCUACUGCUACUAAGCCUAGUAAUUUCAACCAGCUUCUUGGGUACUAUCCAGCUCCUGCUACAAAUGCUAAGCAAACCCCUCACAUGUCUACGACGACCCACCAUCAUGUUAUGAACUCUUCCAGCCCGAGCAACACCACGUCCAAGAGCAGCUCAGUGACUAUUCUUGAAGACCAGCAACAACCCAGUAGCAAUGGGUGCAAAAAUACCAAGUUGUUUGGGGUGCCGCUGCUUCACUCGAAGAAGCGGUUGCACCCGGAGGAGUAUGGCUCGAACCAUGGGACCAGCAUGAUGGAGGCCAGCAAGGCUCGUCUGAUUUUGGAAAAAGAUGACUUAGGUCUCCAUCUCAUGCCUCCCUCCGCAUGUUAG